GAUUGCCAUCAUAUCCGAUGAUCCCAUCCCAUCACUCUCUGCUCUUGCUCCAACAACUCCGCAGAGAGAGAAUCUAGCUCGGCCAGUCUUCUUCCCCGGGCUCCCCCCCCCCCCGGACGCCCUCCCCCUCAUCUCCGGUCGGCCGGCCUCUCUCCCGGCGCCAUGUCGGCGGCGUUCAAGGCGUUCCUGAACAGCCCGUUGGGCCCCAAGACGACGCACUUCUGGGGCCCCGUCUCCAACUGGGGCAUCAUCCUCGCGAGUGUGGCCGACACCAAGAAGCCUCCUGAGAUGAUAUCCGGCAAUAUGACGGGAGUUCUGUGCGUGUAUUCUGCCCUCUUCGUCAGGUUCGCAUGGAUGGUACGGCCCCGCAACUACUUCCUCAUGGUAACCCACAGCUGCAACGAAUGCGUCCAGCUCUACCAGCUGUCUCGCUGGGCUAGGGCUCAGGGGUACCUGGAGAAGAAAGAGCCAGAGGCCCAGCAGUAAAGAUGGAAUGGAAUGCUGCAGUCACUUUUUCAAUAAGGAAUUUUUGUUUGUGAAGCAGUGAAAACAUUGUUCAUUCUGUGGCCCAUAAGUUUCUGCAUGCUGCAAAAUAUGCCGUGGAAAUCUCAAUGAUACCUGUGUUGCAUCACUACAAGUUUUCCUUCAUGUUACUUUUUCAGUGCGGGAACAAUUGCAGUCUCUUGAUACCUUUUCAUUAUUUGGCACUAUUUGGUUUUAACUGGCCAGUAUGUCCUCAACUGUGGCGAAAUUAUGUUGUACAUUGUCAAUGUUCUUUCUGGAUGUGAAUACAAAUAUAAAUUGGUCAAAAUCCUAA